UUUUUUUUUUUUUUUUUUUGGCUUCGUUUGUUGACCUCUCGUCGACCGCUGGAUCCAUUUUCCCGCUACUUCCCGUUCUCAAUUCCCUUUUUUUUUUUCAAUAUUAUUCUUUUUGGUCCUGCACACCGGUUCCCUCUCGGGUCCCCCUGACUUCUCAUGCUCUUGUCAGCACAAUCUGACUCGACAGAGAUCAUGGCUGCGGAAUCCGAGAGGUCGCCCUAUCCCAACAGUACUCCUGGUGGAUCUAGAGGUGCCCAAGAGGAUGACCCUGCCUUGUCUCUUUCCCAGAGAUCCGCCAGUGAGGGUGACAUGAUGGAACUGCCACGUUCGACCACUAAACCUCAGGGCCAGACCCCCUUCAUUUCCCAGUUACCCAAACCCUCUCAGUCGGUUCCUGGUGUCUCCGGUCCAUCUUCGAACACGAACUCCGCUAUAUCCUCGCGCGAACCUUCACCUACCCGCUCCUCCUCCCAGCGACCACGCAACUCCACCUCGAAUUUGCGUAUUUCUUCUCAAUCUAAGAAACGCAAUCUAGAUCACAGUCCAAAUCGGUCCGCUACAAGUCCGAGCCCAGGUCCGGGUCCGCCCCCCUCCGCUACUCCUGUGCAACGAGCGCUCUCCCAGACCAACAAACCCCUCGUUCCUAGCCCUCCCCCCAAUGUCGAGCCCUCCUCCGAUGCACCUAGCCCGGACAAGCCCAACAUGCCUCUAUGGGCCGCAUCCCGGCGGUCAGAACAGGAACCUAACCAGCCGAAUACCUCCAGCAAACGGUCGCAACCUACACCUGAUGACUACAGCACCAAGUCGGACCGGAGUGCUCCUCGCUCCGUAAACAGGGGCGCCAACGGAUCCGGCUCGGCUCUGGAAACCGUUCAGGAGAUGGCAAGCGAUCAGUCCACCCCCUCGACUGAUACCAUCCUCCUUAUAUCCACCCCCGAAGAGUCCCACCUGCAGAAGAUCGAUGAAGAUUUAACCCCUAAAGCCUCUCGACAAAAUGCCGAGAGUGGCAGUGACAGUGGUGGAAAUAAAAGCUCCGAACAAAUGGAAGAGAAUCGCCGCCAUGCUUCAGCCAAGGGACCCGGCGGCUUGAUUCCAAAACGAUCAUCUACCUCCCUGAGCGGCGGAGCCCGCGCGAAACCAACAGAUGGCACUGUUCGAAAUAUGAUCGUCGAGACCGAAACCGUCAGCUCCAUUCCUCAGGUUUCUCUGGGUGUCGGGACAGGUGAACGAGGUAAUGCUGGUCGGGUAGAGUCAGGUACUCUCCGAAUGAAACCCAGCACCGAGACCAUCCGCCCGAAGAAAGAAAAGAGGAGGACACGCAAGCCAGCUGCCCUUGCGAGCGGGGCGGCUUCUUCAAAGGCUGACAUCUUUGAAGCCAAAGUAGCCAGUGCUGUCGACGAAGCCGAUGUGUCUGAUUCGGAUGAGACAUUCGUGUAUGAAUCCAACCCCCCCGACCCGUACCCGGUCCGACAAAAUAGGUAUCACUCUCGCACGCCCAGUGCGACAUCGAUGGCGAGCCAAGUCGACCAGCUUGCAGGCCGUACUCGUCCCGGGAUGCGGGAGGGAAAUCACAGUGUGACAGGCAAGCGCAGCAUGAAAUUUACGAACAACACUUAUACCAGCAGCGUGGAUGGGGACGCUGAGGAGAACGGCCGAGCCCACCCAAGGAUAGAAGGCAGCGGCACCCAUACUCCUCGCCACCAUAUUGGGCGCCAUGGACGAAAUACCAUGUAUCCAUCUCUCUUUGGCAAUGAUUCACCGUUUCCUCAAUCCCAGCCGCACCCCAAAUCUCCCCGGCACUUUAUUGGGAGUGGGUUCCGACAAUCGAGACAACCCGGUGCUCGCUCGAACCAAAACUACCGUACUGUCAACAGCUACAAGAAAGCAGGCGAGGUAUACGGUUAUGAUUUCGAUGCCGAAGGUGCCGAUGACGAAAGAACUCCUCUUGUUGGGUCAUCCCGUCAGACACGCAGUCGCGGUGGUAGGCGGCCGAAUAGCGCGAGUCUACGCCAAAUGGAAUAUAUGCAACAGCGGCAACGUGGCUGCCUCUCACGGUACGGAGCAUGUGCAUUGAUCAGUCUGCUGUUUUUCCUGCUCGUCGGAGGAGGAACUUCAUUCAUCGUCGCCAUUACCAAGCCGCUCUUGGAGGUGCAGGUCCUUGAAAUCCAAAACGUACUUGCCUCAGAGCAGGAGCUGAUGCUGGAUCUCAACGUACAAGCUGUCAAUCCAAAUCUUUUCCCCGUGGUCAUUGAUGACAUAGACGUGAAAAUCUUUGCCAAGAGUCGUUACGUGGGAACCGAUGGACUGUGGCAAGAUCAUGGGUCCGCCCCUGACCGAUUUCCACGCGCUGAGCGCAGGAAACGUGCAGAGGUUGCCCACACCGCUCGCUGCAUAGAGGAUCCGGACUGCCGCGUUGAUAACAGCUCUGCGGAUCAGCUGCGACUUGUUCAGGGCGGUGUUGAUAAAGGCACCGAUCCUAUCCCAACCGAUCCCAGCGGUGACCCACAGAACAUGCUUAUUGGUAGCGUUUUUAAGCUUGACUCGACUUUGUCUUUUGAACCAUCGCCCUGGAACCAUCUACCGUCUACCUCUAAGGGACAGAUCCGUCUUGCGCGACCCGGGAAUAAAACAGAGGAAGGUGGUACUGAACGGUGGGAGCGAGUGUUGCAACAUCCGUUUGAGUUGAUUAUUGGGGGGGUCGUUCAUUAUCAGCUCCCCCUGAGUUCUCGCUUCCAUUCGGCAUCCAUAAGCUCCAAAGUCAAGGUAACCCCUGGUAGUGACGAUGACGACGGUGACGAUAAAAACCCGGGGAAGAACGACACUGUCAGAGUUUCUACCACUCAAGUAUAUCGCCGGAAUUUGUCUCAUCAGGGGCUUGCUGAGGGUGAGACUGUGAAGGCCAUACGAGAAUUAAUCAAGAUGACCAGACGGGUUUUUGUGGCUUGAACGGUCUAUCUCACCCAUUAUAUUCACUCAGUCCCUUUGGCCGAAUCAUGAUUGCAUGACUGAUAUUCUCUCCUUUUUUUCUCUCCUUGUCUUUCCGAUAUACCCGCAUACACCACUGCGUUCCCUGUCACUUUUUUUUUUUUUUUUUUUUUUU